UGUGGCCACUGCACCGUGGGCCUGGGAUAUCAUGAGCUGCUAGUCGGAUUUUUCAAGAAAACAGCGAGGUUUUUCAACAGCUUUUAUUAUGAAUGUGAUGUACUGACAUAAGAAAAAAACGCGGCAGUGUUUUGCCACGAAUACGUUAAAGGAGCGUUUCUUUUCGAUCCGUCUUAAUGUGAGGUUGCGAUUACUAACGCUGGCUAGCUAACGUUAGCUACAUGUAGCUAGUCGGAGGCUGUAGGCGUUGCAGAAAAAGGAUUCAGUUGGCUUUCUCGUCAGCUAAUUUUAUUCGUGAAUUUGUGAGAGUUUUUUUUACGAUUAGCUAGCAAACAGGCUAGCUGUGUGUCUGCGAAGAGAUUUUUGAGAAACAAUGAUGUUAGCCGUCAUGACAAAGCCUAUCUAGCUAGAUAUCGCUCACUAGCUAACACAAAGUACAUAGCUAGCUAACGUUACCUAGCUAACGUUAGCUACCUACUACAAAGGCAAUGCCUUUGUCUUUUUUGCUCUGCUUGGAGCUGCUAGAAUGAAUGACACCGCGGAUAAACAUUUGAAAUGUUAUGUAGGCGAGGUAUUUAUUUUAUGAUCGAGAGAUAGUAAUACAAUGUGUAGGACGUCAAUAAUAUUUGGCCAUCUUACAAUAGGUAUAGACUAGGUGUUAGAUAUUAGUUGUCAGUAGGUCUGAUCUUUUGUUUUGUGCAUUAGCUAGCUAGCACUACCAGCUUGCUUGCUGCAACAUUUAACAUUAGUGAGCAAGCACAGUUGGACUGCAAACUUGACAACGCUAGCUGGCUCAGCUUAACGUCGGUGCAGAUGUUAUCCAUGGAAGGAAAGAGAAAAAACAUAACACCUUGUCGUUAUUAGAUGGCUGGUUUGUUCACCAGAUAUCAUUUUCUCUGCUAGCAGGGGUUAGACAUUGGCUAACGUAUAACUUAAACUUUACCGUCAAUACAACUUGAAGAGGUCUUGAAGUCGUCUUUGGCAAUUCUGAUACCAAAUGUCUGGUUGGUUCACUAAUUUCGUUUUUGGGGUAAACGCAUCCAGAAGGCAAACAUUUGUCCCUGGUGUUGUCUUGAAGGGUCUUCUCUAGUUUAUUUUACUGGUCUAAAGUGAUUGCGUGUGCUAAUAGCCUGGCUAUCUAGUUUAAGCGUUUGUGCUGGAUACGUCGCCACUCGUCUCUCUGGCAGGCACAAUUGGUAACGUUAGCUAGCUAGCUGGUAAAGUAAGAAAUACAAUUGCACCAUCUGUUGCUACUAUGGCCUACGGCUUGGGCUCAAAUGGGAUCUUUUUCUGGACAUUUUUGCACCUCAUCGCCAGUUUCAACAUUAUCGGAAAUGUGGUUUGUGCCCAACAUAACGAAAAUGUAUACGUGUCAGGGAUGUCAAAUGCAUGCGGGGACGUCGCCGAACAGAUCAGGGCAUCGAGCGGGGUGAUCACAAGCCCAGGCUGGCCGUUUGAGUACCCGGCUAGAAUUAACUGCAGCUGGAACAUCAGGGCCAACCCGGGAGAAAUCAUCACCAUCAGCUUUCAGGAUUUUGAGAUCCAGAGUUCCCACAGAUGCGGGUCAGACUGGAUCUCCAUCGGCACCUACAAGAACCUGGACGGCUACCGGGCCUGCGGCUCCUCCAUCCCGGCCCCCUACAUCUCCUCCCAGGACCACGUGUGGAUCAAAUUUCACUCCGACGACAGCCUGACCGGCAAGGGCUUCAGGCUGUCUUACAUAACAGGGAAAUCAGAGGAGAUCAGCUGUGACUCGGACCAGUUCCACUGCUCCAAUGGGAAGUGCAUCCCGGAGGGCUGGAAGUGCAACACCAUGGACGAGUGCGGCGACAACUCGGACGAGGAGCUGUGCCUGCAGCCCAACCCGUCCUCCUCCUUCUCCUUCCAGCCCUGCGCCUACAACCAGUUCCCCUGCCUGUCCCGCUACACCCGCGUGUACACCUGCCUCCCGGAGUCGCUCAAGUGCGACGGCAGCAUCGACUGCCAGGACCUGGGCGACGAGAUCGACUGCGACGUGCCCGCCUGCGGCGAGUGGCUGCGCACCUUCUACGGCACCUUCAGCUCGCCCAACUACCCGGACUUCUACCCGCCCGGGAGCAACUGCACCUGGCUGAUCGACACGGGCGACCACCGCAAGGUCAUCCUGCGUUUCACCGACUUCAAGCUGGACGGGACGGGCUACGGCGACUACGUCAAGGUGUACGACGGGCUGGAGGAGAACCCGCGCCGCCUGCUCCGGGUGCUGACCGCCUUCGACUCCCGCGCCCCCGUCGCCGUGGUGUCGUCCUCCGGCCAGCUCCGCGUCCACUUCUACGCCGACAAGAUCAACGCGGCGCGCGGCUUCAACGCCACCUACCAGGUGGACGGCUUCUGCCUGCCGUGGGAGAUCCCGUGCGGCGGGAACUGGGGCUGCUACACGGAGCAGCAACGCUGUGACGGCUACUGGCACUGCCCCAACGGGCGCGACGAAGCCAACUGCUCGGCCUGCCAGGAGGACGAGUUCCCCUGCUCGCGCAACGGCGCCUGCUACCCGCGCUCCGACCGCUGCAACUACCAGAACCGCUGCCCCAACGGCUCCGACGAGAAGAACUGCUUCUUCUGCCAGCCGGGCAACUUCCACUGCCGCAACAACCGCUGCGUGUUCGAGAGCUGGGUGUGCGACGCGCAGGACGACUGCGGCGACGGCAGCGACGAGGAGAGCUGCCCCGUGGUGGUGCCCACGCGCGUCAUCACCGCCGCCGUCAUCGGCAGCCUCAUCUGCGGCCUGCUGCUGGUCAUCGCCCUCGGCUGCACCUGCAAGCUCUACUCGCUGCGCAUGUUCGAGCGCAGGUCUUUUGAAACACAGCUGUCCAGAGUGGAGGCUGAGCUCCUGAGGAGGGAGGCUCCGCCUUCUUAUGGUCAGCUGAUCGCCCAGGGCCUUAUUCCUCCCGUGGAAGACUUCCCAGUGUGCUCGGGAAACCAGGCAUCAGUGUUAGAGAACCUGAGACUUGCGGUACGCUCCCAGCUUGGAUUUACCUCAAUCAGACUCCCCACGUCGGGGAGACACAGCAACAUCUGGAGACGGCUCUUCAACUUCACCCGCUCACGGCGCUCGGGGUCGCUGGCGCUGGUGUCCGCCGAUGCGGAGGAGAGCACAGGAAGCGGCGCCCGCGAGCCGGACAGGACAGGGGCUCACAGGGGCCUGCUGCCCCUCGACUCGGACGACACGGACACGGAGACCGACCGCCGGGACAUCCCCGGAGCCGUGGGGGGCCUCGUCGCACCCCUCCCCCAGAAGACGCCCCCGGCGUCGGCGGUGGAGGCCAUCGUGUCCGUGUCCGCGAGCUCCACCCAGCCCUCGGGCAGGGAUGGCGCAGCGGAGGGCGCCAGAGAGAGCGCCAACGCCGAGCCCCAGGGCCCCGCCCCCGGCAGGAACCAGCUCUCCAGCGCCCUCAACCGGGUGUCCCGCAGCCUGCGCUGGGUCCGCCUCUCCCUGGGCCGGUCGGCGGGGGGCCCCACCCAGAGCCCCCUGCGACACCUCGACCACUCCGGCGGCGGCAGGGAUGAGGAGGACGACGUGGAGCUGCUCAUCCCGGUGUCGGACGCCGCCUCGGACACUGACUCCAGCGAGUGCUCCCGGCCGCUGCUGGAGCCCACCCCGCCUCCCGCGGGCGCCGGCAGCCGGGCCCGGGCGGCCUUCCGGGACGGGCCCUGCGAACACUGCGGCAUGGUGCACACCGCGCAGGUCCCCGACGCCUGCCUGGAGGCCACGGCCAAGACUGAGACCAGCGAUGACGAGGCCCUGCUGCUCUGCUAGGCUCCACACCACAGCACACAUACACAUUUCACCUGAGUCCUCCUGCCCUGCCAAAACACACACCGUUUCUCUCUCCCUCUGGCGGAGGUGGUUGGCGAACUUUUCAAAUGAUGCCCCAGGUGUUACAGAACAAGUCCAUUGAGAAAUGUCAGUAAGCCAUAUAUUUUGACACGGUACACACUACACAACGGUACGAGUGCCCCUCCCCCUCUGACCCUCCCCAACCAACACUUUUCAGGUUUUUUUCUUUCAAAUCUGCAUUUCAAACUGUGUCCUUGCAUUGCAGGCAAGCAAAAGUGAAAGAGAACCUUCAGAGAACUCCACUUGUGAAGCUUGCUGUAAGCAUGCAGGGAAAGAGAAAGAGAACAGUCUUUACAUCCAGAACCAGCAGCUGGUUCUCUUAGACAUUAUAGUGGAGCAAAAACAAUCCAUCCUCUUCUGAAUAAAGGUUUGAAGUAACCUUAGGCCUGAGAACAAACUUCUAGUGCUUGAUGAUUUAUAUUUUAAAUUAUCAUUGGUACCAUACAUUUCACAUUAUUUGAUGUUGUUUUUUGUUUGGUUUUUUGUUAAAAAACAUGGGGGGGUCUGUAAAGGGGAAUGCACUAAUUAUGGCUGGCUUACUGUGUUAUGGUGGCACGUUCAUGUUAGUCAAAAGCUAUUCCUUCUAAUGGUACUCAACUAUUUUUCUUCUCGGCAAUCUUGAGGCAAAGCUGUUCAAGGAAAAGAGAUCAUGUAAAGAGAUGGUUCGAAAACCUUUAUAAUGUAUAACAUCCACCAAUGUUUAUUGUAUUUAUUGUUUUGUUACUGUUUUGGUAACCUCAUUGUUUUGGUUCUAAGAAUAUGUGUGUG